AUGUCCGCCGUCUCAACGUCCACCCUCAACCCCCAGGGCCAGGGGAUCCGUCAAUCAGCCCGGCAGACACGAACCAACCCCUCUCGAACCUCCAAGACAAUCAGUCGCUCUUCGUUCGGCGUCAGCCGUGGCUCGAUAGCCGAAAUUCCCGCAACGCCCCCUGUUCCUCAUGGCUUUUACCCUGCGCUUACGCAUUUCACCGACGCGAUCACCGCGCUGCCGCGCGAGUUUCGAAGACAUAAUUCGUUGUUGAAGGAGGUUGAUGCGAAGGCGUGGGCGCUCGAGGAGAAUCUGCUGCAGCUCCUGCAGAUUUCGUCCGAGUCGCAACCGGUGCCGCACCCGCCUCACCCGGCGCCUAUCGUCGGUGGUGUGGUGCGAGAGGAUGUCUUGCCCAAGGAACUCUCCCAAUCCCCAGAGUCGCCAGAGAGCAAGAACCGUCGUCUCCUCUUCGAUCGCGUACGACAGAGCCUUACCGACCUGAUGAUGACGGCCGAUGAGAAAAAUCAUGUAAUUUCCAAUGCAAACGAGGAAUUGGACCGUCAGAUCGUUCGGCUGGAUACCGUGUUCCCGUACAUUGCGGGUGAAAUCAGCGACGAGGCUCGUCUGGGUAGUUUGACGCACUGGGCAUACUCUAACAAGAGUGCUGCCAAGGCUGCGACCAACGAGCGACCUCGUCGUGAGGCUGUGGCCCAGCGACAGGAUCUCACGCAUGUGCUCCACGAGGCUGAAGUUGCCAGCCGUAGUGAGGCGCGGCGCGAAGCUGUUCGGGCACGGGCUCGACGGCCGAAUCCCGACGCAGACUAUGAGGAGGGUCGUGCGCCUCGCAAGACGAACGCCGGGAAGUCCCGUGGUGAGAAUGCGACGGGUGAGAACGCGGCGCCCAAGCGGCGCAAGGUGGAACGACCCGCGACGAUGGAUACUGGAGCACCGAUGGAGCGCUCUGCCAGUGGAACUGGUGCACAGCGCGGUGCUAACAAGGAUGGCGUGGAGAAGAAGCGAUCUCGUGCGCCCAAUCCGAACGCAGCCGCAGCUCGCAAGAAGGCCACCGCCGCCUCGAACGCUGGAUCACCGGUUCUAGCCCCCUCACCUCUUAUUGGCACCUUCAACAAUACCCCGCGUGGUGCUGCUAGUCCAGGCCCGAACACAGCACGUCCACAAUCCUCGCGAGCCCAACAGAAUGCCGGGCAGACGAGCAAUUCCCGACAAAGACCCUCUUCCUCCGCGUCCAAUCGUGUUGGUCAGGCAAACUCUGCCAAACCAGCAGAGCCCAGAUCUACUCCCCGCGAGUCAGUCAAAUCCGAAGCCACCAUUCCAGAAGCCCGCGAACUGGAAGAACCCGGCAGUCGACCCGCGCCAGCUGGAACCAAGCGCGAGGAAGACCGUCCGGCAGACGCAGUCGAGCCCGAGCCAACCAGCAAAGGCCGCAACUCGAAGACCUCUACUCCCCUCCUCUCUACACUUGCCGAACCUACUCAGUCUCGCUCGCGACCAACACGAAGCAAUGACGCCGCGCCUAAGCGGACGGCCAAGAAACCACCUGUGCAGCCCGCAAUCCCCUCGGACGAAGAGUCUAUCCACGAAGGCGACGACGAGGACGAGGACCAGGAGCCGAGAUACUGCUACUGUAAUGAGGUUAGCUUUGGUGAGAUGGUGGCAUGCGACAAUGAUGCUUGUCCGCGCGAGUGGUUCCAUCUGUCAUGUGUGGGUAUGACGAAACCACCCGGAAAGAAUGUUAAAUGGUAUUGUAACGAGUGCAAGGAGAAUAUGCGGCGUGGUCGCAAUGGGCGGUAA